ACGAUGACCCACCGACGCGACGCCGACGAAGAAGACGGAGUUAUCCUCACCCACGACACGACUCGCUUCCAGUCCUCCCGCGCCCGGCGCAGAAUCCCAUGACUCAGUGACUCACGACCGCGAUCAGGCGGUGAAAUUCCGGUUCGCCGCUGAUUUUCCGCCCAGCGGCCGAUGAAAACGCGAGUGCCACAGAUACCGCCGACCCGACAGGAGCAACUCAACCGUUUCAAGACCAAGUUCAAGAUCCAUCCGGUCGCGAUUCAGUAGUUUCAGUCUCGGUGAAGUGUUGCAGAGAUUUCGGUUCUUGGAGUAGUGCCGCGGCGCCCUCAGGUGGACGCUACUAAUUCGAAAUGCAGUCCAACAGUGCGGCGCUUCUGGCGUCGAUACUAUCGGUAUCGAUGUUUGUCAUCUUGGUAGACGCUAUGGAGGAUUUCGAGCCGAAACCCACGAAGAAACCGACGAAAUUGUUCAAAACUGACCAAUUCCACAAGAAAAACCCAUUUUCGUUCAUGGAACCAAGUGAGGAGGACCUGGAAAACCCAUUCGUUCCUCCCCCGAUGCCCAAAGAUGGAGAGGACCCCUCGCCGUGGUCUUGGUUCCUGAACCCAUCAUCGAAAGGAUUCGUUCCUCCGGGCGAGGUUUCCCCGCCAAAAACUUCCAUCCCGCCCGGUGAAGAGGACAAAAAGGAAUCUAAGGACGCUGAGGCUGACGCCACAAGAGCCCAAAGGUUCAUCGGGCCAUCAGCGAUCGACCCGUUCUUCUACUCGAACCCGCUGACCCCUCUCUCGCCACCGCGCCGACCCUCGAACUUCGGCUACGGGUUCCAGCAGUACCCGUACGAGCUGUUCAUGGUGGUGCAGCCGCGGACCUGCUCCAACGGGACGGAGCCCAACGGGACGGCGCCCCCGCAGGACGUCGGCCUCAAGUUCCUGAGCAACUCGGACGCCCCCGGCCCGGCCAGGUGCGCCCUCGCCAUCGCCUCCUGCUGCGCCCCCUUCAACUACCACGUCCGCUACCCCUGCUUCGAGAUGCUCGGCUGCUACGGCGCCUUCUGGGACAUGAACCCCUGCUCCGAGGACGUCGUCGCCACCGCCGUCCAAGAGCUCGCCGCCUUCUACAAGGGCCCCGAGAACGCCACCACUACCACCGCCACCCCCGCUAGCACCGAGGCUACCACCCCCGCUGCCGCCGCGGCAGCCCCGGCCUAGAGCCCGCAGCCCGCCAGCCCGCCCUUCAAACGGACAGAGAUCGAUGGAAUGAUGGAAUCAGCGGGCUGAUUAUUGAAAUUGGACGUAUUUCUAUCAAACAGACCUAUGUGCAUUAAGACAGGAGCCCUGAGACCCAUAGG